GUUUUGUGGGUGAUUUCUUUUCUGCGACUGAUUUGUUUCCUCUGAAGCACCAUGCGCUCCUUUGUGACAACCAUCGUGGCGCCAUUGCUGUUCAUGUCCCUGGCAAAAACAGGACUCGCGCUCGAUUGUGACUUUUGUUACGGGGAAGAGGAUUGCUCGCUCGGAAGGGACGUACCGGUGGUGAGGUGCGACGAAGAGUCCGUUCAAUUGACCAACAGUAGCCUGGCCAGCUUCAUCCGCCCGUUGCGUACCGCGCUCCCCACGACCCGCCACACCUACGAGUGCGUCCACGUGCGUGCCACCUCCGUGAGUGGCCACGUGUUUCUGUUUGUUCGUGGGUGCGUGCACCGGCUGGAAGGAGCGGGACGCUUUUGUUCCCUGUCACACGCCGCCUUCCAAGGAUCGCUCGAGUGUGUAGCCUGCGAUGGCGAGGACCGCUGCAAUAACAUUCCCUUGCUAGAGGCCGGCAGCGGAGCGUCUGAUGUCGAAACAGGCAGGUCACUGAUCUCGUUAAUGUUUGCCUCGUUAGUGGUGGUUUCUGUAGCCCGCAACGUCGCCGCAUCGUACAGCUGAUGGAUCAAUAAAAGAAGUACA